AUGAUAGUACAAGAAGAGGAGGAGAAGAAGGAGGGACAUCAAGAUCAAGAACAGUCAAGCGUGGAAGAGACCGUGGAAGACGAAGAAGCAGGCUGGGAGUCCACUACACCAGUGCCAGUAGUAACCAAGAGAACUCCUCCGAAGAGACUAGCCAUUGUGCCAGACACUCCCACUACGGCAAAUACUACCAUGAUGUCGAUAGACUCUCAAGUGUACGACGAUGACACCACGGCCGUGGCAGACAAUCGUGGAGGGACAGUCCAAUCAGUGGGCGCUUCUAGUAUGGACUUGGUCAGUGCCAACAGUUGGUUGUCCCACAAUCACUAUAUCGAAGAUGAUCCGUUUCUGGAAGAGUCAGAUGAAUCCAGUGCAGGAAAUUGGGAACCCAUUCUAGACCCUGAUCUUGAAGAGGAAGAAGAGCAAGAAAAUCAGACCAUCACACUCUUUCCAACAGCACCUCAAUCACAAGAAAUACAAGAUUAUGAUGUAGAGGUUGAAAUUGACUUGGAAUCUGCCAUUUUGCCUCUGCUCCAAGAAAAAUCAACCAUGCCUUAUCAAAACAGGCAGGCAAGGUCAGCAGCAGCAGCUGUGACUGCUACUUCUUCUUCAACAGACAAGUCCAAACAAGACACUGGGAAAAACAGGUUCACCAAAAUUCUUGUCAUCAAUGUGAUUGUCACCAUUCUCAUGGCCACGGGAAUCUUGGAUGUGGACGAUCUUCUUUCCAGACCCAUUUUCAGUUUCACACACUACCAAAACAACUACAACCCAGAUCAACCACACCUUGCCAGCUUUUUGUUUCUACAAAGAGACAGGGGCAAUUCUUCCACAAUACCAACAAGACAGCAAAGAACACUGCGAAGGAAUACUCGACGAACGGUCAAGUCUCACGAGACGACCGUCACUACACAAAAACGAGAGUAUCAAAACAGUACCUUUGCCAGACACACUCCUUGGUUGGAAGAUUUGCACAAUGACGAAGAGCCCCAGUUUCAAGGACUUUUGCGCACCGAUAGUAUCUUUUUCAAAAUCAGCACCAACACCCACAACACAAGAAGAAGACACCCACGCCACAGUUGGAGGAUGACACGAAUUGGACCCAACGGCUACAGACGCUGCGAGGACAUGCCGCUGUCCAACAAGAACAACGGCCGCCGGUUGUCGUGUUGCUAUGGAGAGUUCUAUCGGAACAGUACAAGAAGCUCGAUAUUAAGGUGCGAGGACACUCGCAAUUGGCACAAUUCAAGCAACAGCAGCGUCAGUUGCAAGUGGCAAGAACCCUGCUGGUGUCGUAAACGCAAGAGGCGAUCGAUUCCUCGAGCGAUUCGUGAUGAUUGA